GAUGAUGCCCCUUUCAUCACAGACACUGAUGAUGAAUCUUCAUCAUGGCCAAACACAAGAAUACGUGAUCAAACCCAAAUAUUAUCCAGUAAAAAAAGUGGUUUCGGGAGAACAGUCCACGGAGGGCUCACUACCACUGAGAUUGGGCCAGGAUCAACUUGUAUCACCUUUUCAAUUGGGAAACCACACCGGCCGCAUCAAGGUGGUCUUUACACCCAGCAUCUGUAAAGUGACUUGUACCAAGGGCAACUGUCAGAACAACUGUGAGAAGGGAAAUACCACCACCCUCAUUAGCGAGAACGGCCACGCUGCUGACACGCUGACAGCCACCAACUUCCGAGUAGUUAUUUGUCACCUUCCAUGCAUGAAUGGAGGCCAGUGCAGUUCUAGAGAUAAAUGCCAGUGCCCUCCAAACUACACUGGGAAACUUUGUCAGAUCCCUGUGCAGAAUGGUAAUACUCCAAAACUCUACCAUCAUCCGCAACAGCUGAACAAGGCCGUAGGAUCACAAAUCAUCCACUCCACUCAUACUUUACCACUGACGAUGGCUGGGCAGCAAGGUGUAAAAGUGAAGUUCCCUCCUAACAUAGUGAAUAUCCAUGUGAAACAUCCCCCUGAAGCCUCAGUUCAGAUCCAUCAAGUUUCAAGAAUCGACAGCACAUCAACAGGACAAAAAAUGAAAGCACCUCAGCCAGGACAUCCACAGGUCUCUUACCAAGGUCUUCCAUAUCAGAAGACCCAGAAAGGACAUACUACUUACACAAAUCAACAACCCAUUCCUCAUGUGUUUCCUGUUUCAGUUAAAACUCAGCUUGGGCGCUGCUUCCAGGAGACUAUUGGGACACAG